AUGCCUUCAAGCUUCUUACCACCUCGAACCCAUCUAUCGACUUCUCCAAUGCACCCCUUUGGUAAACCACCGACAUCCUCAAACAUUUCCGGUCAGCCGAGUUCGGCCAAUGGAAAUGCGUCAACAAGUCCAAAUGUCCCUACAGCACAACUUGGAGGAGCAUCAUCGGCCCCUUCCGCGUCAAGGAAUCCUUCCUCCAAUACUGGAUCCGCUCCUGGUGGCAGUGGAAAUGGGUUGAGGCCUAGUUACGGGUUGAUGACGAUGGCAGAGAGGGAAAAGGAGAGAGAAAGACAAAGAGAAUCAGCAACUAAACCAUAUACCUCUUAUUCUACUUCACUACCUAGACCAUCAGACGCGUCCUCGGCCUCAUCGUCCACCCAAUCACUUGGACAUACUCAUCCUCAACCACAUCAUCACCAUCAUCACCAUCAUCAUCAUCACUCUUCCACUGCAGGCAGUAAUCCUACUUCGGCCAGCUCAACACCACGAGAAGAUAGACCAAAUCCUUACGGUUCAGCUCCAACUCCUUCAACGGGCGCAGGGGCCACGAGGAAAACAGAUCUCAUGGGUGUCGGAUUUGGCUCAGGUCUAGGUAGAAUGGGUGGUGGAUAUGGGUUAUUCGGAGCGGGAGCAUAUAGGGAACAAGACAUGAGACAGAAAGAAAGACAAGAACGUACAAUUAGAGAAAGAGAAAGAGAAAGGGAAAGAGAAAGAGAAAGAGAAAGAGAAAGAGAGAGGGAAAGAACCGCCAAACCUCAUCCAACUGAGACUUCCCCAACACAUCGAAAUUCAAACCCUACAAACCCUUACUCUCGACCUUCUCUCCCUCCUUCUCCCACAACAUCUCGAACUCUCCCCGCUCCCAGCUCAGUGGCUUCAGCAGGAAAACCUUCAAUCUCUCCUCAAAUUCCUCCAGCAAGCGCUACAUCCGGUAACGGAUCUACCCCGAGGCCCAAUCUCCCUUUACCUGGUUAUGGUGCAUUGGGUACUAGAUCUCUACCUUCGCCGUUCGAACGGGAAAGAUCAGCUGCUGCUAGCGUCGCUGCCAGUCCCAAUAUACCCGCUGGUCAGGAGUCUGCAAGUUCCACAACAGGUCAUAGGCGUACACCCAGCAAUUCGAGUGCAAGAGGGACCGAACCUAUCCCUGGGUCGAAUGCAGCUGGUCAGAAAAGUCCUGUCAAACCUGCUGCUCAAGCGAACCCUCCUUCUCGAUCACUGUUUGGCGCUCCUCCAUCCCUUUCACAAGCUGCAAGGGACAGAGAAUCUCAGCGCUCACCUGUCGCACGAUUGCAAACCACUCAAACUGCUCGUGAUACACAUUCUGCUGCAUCGCCCGCAGCUGGGACCACUCCCAAGUCAGCGACGCCCGGUACCAACGCCGUUUCUUCUGCAUCCAAUGCUCCUGGAUCUCAAGGUACACGGGCACCCUAUAGCUCUUAUGGAGGAUUUGGAGGACCUGGUUACCCAGGAACUUUCGGUGGAUUCGGUCUAGGCGGAUUUGGGGGAUAUGGGGCUUUUGGUCCAAGAUGGGGUGAUAGGGAUCGUGAGCGUGAAACGCUUGAGCAGAGAGAGAAAAGAGAGGAGGAAAGGAAACGUAGAGAGAAGGAAGCUACUGAAACAAGAGCUAGGAUUGACAGAGAGCGAGAAGAGAGAGAUGCCAAAUGGCUUAAAGCGAGGGAGCGUGAACGCGCUGGUACAGGAACAGCUUACGGAGUAGAAGCUUUCCAACCUCCUCGGUCCAACUCAGCUGCCAAUCAAGCAUCAGCUGCAGCUGCUGCUGUUGCUCAAAGGUCUUCUCCCGCUGACCCUUAUCGUCGACAACCUCAGACCAACCCUCCACCCGCCGCACCGAAUAACGAGAAGCCUGGGUACACGAGACAUAUUGAAGUCAUACACCAACCCGAACCUCGAGAUCACCCUAGCACCGCUGGUGCUGCUCCUGCUCCUGCAAUCGGCGAUAGUCAAUCUGUUAUGCAACAGGUCGCACCGACACGGGAACCUCGACCAUAUGGAUAUAAAGCUGAACCGCGUGAAUACCAAUAUACACCAAGAGAUAAGCGACCACGUAUGGAUGCAGCAGUGGAAGACGCUCAAAAUGCUCAUCGAAGGACAAGUAACGCUAAGGCUUCCAAAAGACGCAAGGAAGAAGGAGAAAAGAAAACUGAAGUCGUCAUACCUGUGAAAGAAAGGGAUUGGUCAAGCUUGACAAAUCCAGUUAGGAAAUACCCAGAAGUUGGAUCUAGUCAAGUUGAACAAUGGUUAAAGACAGUUAUCGACUUGAACCAAAUCAUUUCCAACGAGGUGUAUACUGGUAGCGAUUGGACUUUAGCUAAAACAGGUUCGGCAUAUCCUGACAAUGAAGGUGGUCUUAUAAUCGUUAGGAUUGGUGGUGGAUUUUUAGGUAAAAAUUGGAAAGUUAGAGGUGAAAAUGGAUGGGAUGAAUCUUCACCUUCCACCAAUACUACCACCACCACUUCAAAUGGACUCAUAUGUGGAUCAGUCAAUAAAGAAAGGAAAAUCUGGGGAACAGAUGUUUAUACAGAUGAUUCUGAUUUAGGUCUCAUUCUAGUCCAUGCUGGAUGGCUAAGAUGGUCUACUUCUACAACUACAUCGGACGAAAAGAGAGAUACCGAUGUUAUCAAUGUCACAGUCAGAUUGGUACCCAAAUUAAUUAGGUAUACAGCUACGGAAAGGAAUGGUAUUCGAACUAGAAGUUGGGGAAACGGUCAUGAUGGAAGUAGUAUCGUCGUUGAACGCGUUGAGAGGAUAGCGAUCGAUAAGGCAUUCUUGAGGACUAGAAACCGAAAAUCGAGAAUGUCGGAGUGGGCAAGAACACGACAACUUGUAGCUCCCAUCUCCCUCCCUCCACACGAAGAAGAAGAAGAUGAUCCAACCCGGCCUCUGGCCGUUCCGAUCGAAGUCGAUGGAAGUUUGAUGUUCUGUACGAGCGUAAUAGGUAAACAUCAAGCUAUAUCAAAAGUUGGUUUCAAAUACUCGCCUGAAGCUUUAGAAGGCUGGUUGAACCCUCCUGAAGAUGAUGAUUCCAGAUGUCUGUGGACGCAUAACUUGGCCUUUGAAGGGAUAGAACAAGGUGAAAGGUAUCACCUCUCACUUUCUUCUUCUUCGACAAUCGAUAACCCCUUAUUCAUAUUAUGGAAGAAUGUCUACGGAACCAAAACACGGGCGAAGUGGAGUAUACAUUCCGGUGAAGAAUACGAAUAUGUAUCUAAAGAAGAUAUAAUAGCGAAUAAACCAAUUGAAGAUAUUCAUUUGGUAGAGAAUGGAUUAGCUGUUAGAAUACAAGGUGAUAAAGGUUUAUUGAUCCAUUUGAAGAUCUAUAACUGGACUAAGAGGGAUAACGAUGAUCCUGCCCCAAAGAAAUGGUUGAAUGAUUUUGAAAUUGAAGAUGAAUCUGAUGAAUCUGAUGAGGAUGAGGAUAAGCAAGCGAACGGGAGUACCAAAGAGAAAACAAUGGAAGUUGAUCUGUCAUAG